AGAAAGAUACAGAAGUAAAAAGAAAUCUUGUCAUCGGCCCAGAGACGACAAUGUGUUUCCUCUUGUUGACCUGCUACCAAGAGUGAUGAGUCAUAUUGCAGUCAUAGCCAUGGAGAUGCUGUGCUCCUUCUAUGUCCUGAUGAUUCUGUUUUCAGUGCAUGCAACACACUCUCACAAAGGUUCAACUGAACUCUUCUGCACAAAUGACUUUGUCAACAAUGUCAGGUGUACAUGGAAUAGCUCUUCUGGGGGUCCUGACGUGAAUUGUUGGAUCUCUGGUGUGAAGAAAGGCGGGAAGCCGAAGAACAACAUUGAACAAUCUGAACUAAUUAUCCGAAGGUGCAAGCUGAAACAACACAGAAACUCUCUUCCAGGCUGCAAUUUUGUCUUUGAAAAUAGAGAGUUCUACGCUUUUGAAGUAAUGCCAAACAUCAGUAUGAAUUGUAAUGGGACGUUGGUGGAGAACCUGGAGAACUAUAAGCCACACAAUCACAUUAAAAUGCAUCCUCCAGGUGUUCCCAAUGUCAGCAGCAAUGCAAAUGACACCGUGAUAUCGUGGAGACCAGGUCGCCCUGUCUCAAGGUUUUUCACAUCCUUUGAAUUCCAAGUUCAGGUCAAGCAGAAAAACCAGACUUGGAGGGAGGCCAGCACUUUGUCUACACAAGAACAAGAGCUAAGAAUACCUGUUUGGCAGCUAAAGGGGCUCUGGCAAGUCAGAGUGAGAGUGAAGCCCACUAAUAGACUUAGCAGCCAUUGGAGCAGCUGGAGUUCCGCGACGUCCUGGGUGGGAGUGACAGACAGGGCGGAUACAUCAGAUAAUCAAGAAUGGUGGCUGGAUCAGAUGUCACUGGUAAUAAGUGGACUGAUAUUCUCCUUGUGUCUCAUCGUAGUUGUAAUGCUGGCUCUUUAUAAGAGCUGCAAGACCAGAGGGUUCCUUAAAAGUAGGCCAGUGCCAAACCCCUCAAAGUACUUUUGCACUCUCCACUCUGUCCAAGGAGGAAAUCUAAAGAAAUGGCUGAAUCCUCUGUCAGUUUCUGAAUCAUUCUUCACAGCUGAGCCAUGUGACCACAUUUCAUCAGUAGAGGUGUGUGAGGACUGGGAUGUGACCCUCUCAACCUCUCCCUCCUCUGGCUUCAUCAGCGGCCCGAUUUACUUCCAGAGCUACCCUUCUGCUUGCACAGACACCAUUGGAAUUGUUGACAAUUCCUCCUCUUCAUCUAAUUUCUCUAACAUGGGCUAUUUCAUGUCCAGCUCUUCCAGUGACUUAGCUCAAGCUGACCCCAAGCCAACCUACCUCCCCUAUCAGGAUGGUUUCCACCAUCCACACAACAGCAACAACCUUAAGCUUAAGUCCUCCCCCUGCGCUUCACACACCACUUGUCCAGCCUAUAAAAGUUUGAAGAGCGAGCCGCAAAGCCCAGACUCUGGUUUUGGUAUUGGAAAAGAAGAUGAAAAGGAAAAUGAAACGGACAUGAACAUAGAUGGGGAACUGGUUUUGGAUGAUAACAGCUCUCAUUUUCUCAUCCUCCCUCUACAUCUUCCUUUCCAGAUGCGCCCUCAGUUUGUUUUUCCCACACUUUCUUAUCCUCCCAGUGUAACACAGAUAUCCAAUGACAGCCAACAAGUGGCUGUACCUGUGACAGCUGCUGGUAUUAACUCUGCAGAGCUUGUGGCUGGUGCAAUUUGCAGGUCUUCUUCCGUGUCUAUGGAGCCCUCUAAAACUGGCUAUCUGACACUCAAAGAGCUACAGACAGCAUUCAGCAAUAAAUCCAUCUAA